AUGUUGAGAGCAUUCGAAGAAUGGCAAAUAGACAGAAACAAGAUUGUCAGCAUAACAACUGAUAAUGGUAGUAUUAUGGUUGCUGCUGUCAAAAACAGUUUUGAUGCACAGCACCUCCACUGCUUUGCACACACUCUAAAUUUGGUUACAGAGGCAGCCAUCUCCCAUGACCAAAUCCAGCCCUUAAUCAAGAAGGUGCGAGGAGGGGUCAAAUUCAUUAAAAAUAGUGUUAUCAUGUCAGAUAGACUACAAAAAGCGCAGGAGGACAACGAUGUGCCAGAAGGCAAAAUGAAAAAAAUGAUCCUAGAUGUGAAAACUCGGUGGAAUUCAACAUAUUACAUGGUAGAGCAGUUCCUUGAUUUGAUAAGAAUAAUAAGCCAGUUACUAGUUGAUGACCCCUCCAGUCCAGUCAUGCCUAGUUCUCCUGAAAUAGAAACACUGAAAAAUGUUAUUGUAAUAUUAAGACCAUUGGAAAGUGCAACCACAGAGAUUUCAGGAGACAAAUAUGUAACGAUCUCAAAAAUAAUUCCCAUGGUGAAUAUGUUGUCAAGUCAUUUGGAAAAUUCUUUUGGACAGUUGGAUCCCACCACUGAGGCUGUCCGCAAAGUAUUGUUGAGUGCAGUUCAGAAAAGAUUUGGUUGUGCAGAAGCCAAUUCAAAUAUUGCCAUAGCUACCAUUCUGGAUCCCAGAUUUAAAAAUAUUAAUUUCAAAAAUCCAAUUGGUUGUGGAAAGGCCAUUUCAAGAUUGAAAAAACUGAUUGUGGAGGAUGUUUCAUCAGAAUCAGAAGAAGACCAGGAAAUAAGAGACCAAGCUUUCAAUUUUUGGAAGACCCACAAGGAGCUGGUUUAUGGCAAAAGAAGGAAGAAAACACAGGAAGUCAGUGACACAUCAGAACUUAUAUUAUAUUUGGCUAACCCAUUGUCACCAUUGAAGUCAAAUCCUCUACUAGAAUGGGAAGACAUAAAGACAGUUCUUCCUGGACUUUACAAACAAUCACGCCGGUUCCUACUAUUCAUGGCCACUUCUAUGCCAUGUGAACGUCUGUUUUCAAAAGCAGGAGCAACUGUUACCCAGGACAGAAUCCGUUUAUCUGGGAAAUACUUGAACAAAUUAACUUUCCUGGGCAGCAUGAGUAAGGAUGAAUGGUUUAAAUAG